GUAUCAAGAUCGUCGUCGUCGUCGUCGUCGUCGUCAUCGCCGCCGUCGUCGGCCGUACCAUACCAAUCGCAUGUGCGUUCGCACUCGUGGAAGUGGUGGCGCACGAUCGGUUCUGUCCCGCACCUUGAGAAAAUGGCCGACUCGUUGACGAAGUACGGCGUCUACAUCGAUGACCUGAGCAAGAUACGCGUUCUAGAGCCGGAAGCAGCGAGUCAGACGCACAAGCUGAGGGAGGAGUGUCAGAGUUUUGUGUCGAAGAUUACCGAAUUUGAGAAAAAUUCCGACGAAUUCAUUGGAAUAUUGGACAAAUUGGCAAAGGAGGUGGAGAGAGAGAAAAUGAGAACAAUUGGGGCACGGAAUCUGCUCCGUUCCGUUGCAAAGCAAAGAGAAGCCCAAAAACAGCAGAUGCAGGCAUUGAUCUUGGAAAAGUCUGUAGAAUUGGAACGACUACGAGUACAAUGUGAUUCUUUAAAGAAGAUUGAGCUAGAACAGUUAGAAACUAUUGAGCAUUUGUCGGCGAAUUAAAUGUAAUAUUCUAAGUUUCUGACUGUUUUUUCAUUGCUGAUUCAUCGAAUGUCGAAGUUCCAUUUAAUGUCUUUCGCCCUCAAUACUAAUAAAUAAUACAAUAAUUUUUAAAAGCAUCGAUAUUGACUUUAAAGACAACUUCGAUGAAACUUCAAUUAAUUCAAUCAUUCGUCAAAUUUAAUAUAUUUGUAUAUGUCUUAUUAACAUAUAGAUAGAAUUAUUUAUUUUAUUUUGCUAAUUGACAAAAAGAAGAUCAAAAU